AGCUGAGAGGGAGCAACGAGGCUGACCCACCCCACCCCCUCCCUGCUCUGCCAUUACUUGGCGUGUGCUGCUGCCGCUGCUGAGGUGAACAGGAGAGAGAAGAAGAAUAGAAGAGCAAGCAGCGAGAACUCUGAGGCAGAGAGAGAGAGAGAGAGAGAGAGGAAGAAGGAGAUGGAGGUGCAGGCUCGCCAUGGCUGCCUACCAACAGGGAGGCAGCAGCACCUCCAUGGCCAUGGCCAGGCUCACCAACAACCUCCCGCAGGAGAAGAUGAGUGGUGGGAGUACUUCCCCUGCCCCUUCUGCUACAUUGAGGUGGAGGUCCCCUUCCUCUGUGACCACCUGCAGGAGGAGCACUGCUUUGACAUGAGGAACGCUGUGUGCCCGAUCUGCGCCGACAACCUCGGGGCCGACACGGCCGGGCAUUUCAGGGAGCAGCACUCACAGCAACUCAAGAUGAGGAAGUCUUCUUCUUCCAGGGCAGGAGCAGCAGCUGCUGACAAGGAGGCAUAUGAAGAGGAUGACUCCUACUUCGAAGAAUCCUCAUACAUCAUGGGCCGGCCGGUAGCUGAUGAUCAUUCCCCUGACCCUCUGCUCUCCCAGUUCAUCUGCACCGUCGCGCCCCCGGUCAUCGAUCCAGAGCCCAGCAAGGCCGAGGAGGUUGAUCAUGCUGCACCUUCCUCAGAUGAUCAGAGGCUGAAUCAGGUUGUGAUGGAUGAUGCGUCGAAGCAGGACCUCGAGGAGCGGCUGCGGAGAGUCGAGUUUGUGAAGCAGAUGCUGAUGACGACGAUGGCUUGGGACUGAUUCUCCAGGGCUGGUUAUAGCACUUGAGUAGCUAGGAUUGCCCAGGAUCUUGGAAGUGUGCCAUUUUUGUUGAGAUUGACCCUUUGGCACAUGUACACCUGCAAGCUUGGAUACCUGAAUUGACCAAUGUUGAUCCUUUAAGCUAAGCUCUGGUUACCUUCAUGUC